CUUUGGUGCACACCAGAGCCCUGGUCUCCCUCCAACCACUCCUGAGCCUCCCGCUGCCUCAACCCACGCGUCCGGCUGCUUCGCUGAUCGACUUUCCCACUGACCCGUAGCUGAAUCUCCCACCCACGCUUGAGGACUUCGUUUGAACCCCAUCCUUUCCCAGACCCCUUUCUCCUCCUGCUCCAGGCGCCCAACAACCCCCUUCCCUCCCCUCACUCCAUCUCCUCCCCUCCCUCCCCCAGCUCCCUUUUUCCUCCCUCCCUCUCCCCCACCCCCAUCCUUUCCCCUUCCGUCCCCCAUCCCCAUCCUUCUCCCCUUCCCUCCCACAGCCCUAAGCCACCCCCACCUCUGUUCUGGCCGCCUCAUGGGGCCCUGAGAGGACCAGGACAUGUGGCUGCGGUGGUUGCUCUUUUGGCUCCUCGUGCUGGGGUUUCCCAGCCAUCAUUGCACUCAGGUCAUCGAUGUCCUGCUUGCAAGUUUGUAUCCCGGGCCUGGCUUUUCUGAACUUCUCUGGAUGCUUAUUAUCAUUGCUGUCUCCCUGGGAAUUUGUUCCCUUGCCGUUUUGUUGUGGAUAACUGGCCUUGGUGUCAACAUGGCUGAAGAGGAACCUCGUCCUCUGCCACAAUGGCCCAACCUACCCUACUUCAUGGCUGGCCAGGCACCUCCUCCACCUCGGGGUCCUCUGGGACCUCGAUCACUCUCUGCAACUGAAGGUUCUCUAGAAGCUCUGAUACCUCCUUCACUGGAACAUCCUCUGGAGCCUGAAACACCUUCUCCAGCUGAAGGUUUCUUGAGAUCUCAGACAGCUCACGCAAGUGAGAUUCUGAAGGAACCUCAGCAACAUACUCCAGUUGAGUGUCCCCUGGAAACACAAUUACCUUGUAACCUUGAGUAUCCUCUGGAACUUAAACAAUCUCCUAUACUACAAUGUCCACUGGAACCUCAACUACCGCUUGAAAGUGAGCAUCCCCUGGGAGAUCAACAACCUCCUAUAAUACAGUAUCCACUGGGACCCCAACCACCUCCUGAAUGUGAGGGUCCCCUGGAAAUCCAACAUUCUGCAAUACUACAAUGUCCACUGGGACAUCAACCACCUCGUGAACUUGAGUGUUCACCGGAACCACAACCAUUUUUAUCUGAGAAUUCUACGGGACCUCAGACACUACCGAUACCCGAGUGUCUUCUGGAAGCUGAAGCACCUUGUCCAACUGAAGCAUUGCUGCCACCCCUGGUACCUUGUCUAAUAGAAAGUUUUCUUGGACCUGAACCACCAACUCCAGCUGACUGUUUGGUAGGAAUUCUAACAUACCUACUGACCUGUCCUCCAGAACCUCUACCACCUCCUGAAGGUGACGAUUUUCUGGAACGUGAGUCACAGCCUCCACUCGGGUUUCCACUGGGACCUCAAGCACCUCCAGAAGAAGGUUAUGUGGAACCUCCAUCACCUCGUGUACUCGAGUGUUUGCUGGGUCCUCAAACAGGUCCUGUAGUGGAGUGCCCACUGGAAUAUCAACCACCUCCAGAACAUGAGUGUCCCCUGGAAGAUCGACAACAUCCUAUAACUCAGUGUGAACUGGGACCUCAACCACCUCUAGAACGUGAGUGUCCCCAGGAAGUCCAACAACCUCCAAUACUACAGUGCCCACUGGGACAUCAACCAUCACCAGAACGUGAGUGUCCUGUGGAAGUUCAACAUCCUCCUAUAAUACAGUAUCCACAGGGACCUCAACCAUCUCUUGAACGUGAGGGUCUCCUGGAAGAUCAACAACCACCUAUACUACAAUGUCAACCGGGACCUCAACCACCUUUUGAACAUGAGUUUCCCCAGGAAGUCCAACAACCUCCAAUACUACAGUGCCCACUGAGACAUCAACCAUCUCCAGAACUUAAGUGUCCCCUGGAAGAUCGACAACCACCUAUAAUACAAUGUCAACCGGGACCUCAACCACCUCUAGAACAUGAGUGUCCCCAGGAAGUCCAACAGCCUCCAAUCCUGCAGUGCCCAAUGGGACAUCAACCAUUUCCAGAACGUGAGUGUCCCCGGGAAGAUCAACAACAUUGUAUAAUUCAAUGUGAACUGGGACCUCGACCACCUCUAGAACAUGAGUGUCCCCAGGAAGUUCAACAAUUUCCAAUACUACAGUGCCCACUGGGACAUCAACCGUCUCCAGAAUGUGAGAGUCCCCUGGAAGAUCGACAACAUCCUGUAAUUCAAUGUGAACUAGGACCUCAACCACCUCUAGAACAUGAGUGUCCCCAGGGAGUCCAACAGCCUCCAAUCCUGCAGUGCCCACUGGGACAUCAACCAUUUCCAGAACGUGAAUGUCCCCGGGAAGAUCAACAACAUCAUAUAAUUCAAUGUGAACUGGGACCUCGACCACCUCUAGAACAUGAGUGUCCCCAGGAAAUCCAACAACCUCCAAUACUGCAGUGCCCACUGGAACAUCAGCCAUCUCCAGAAAGUGAGUGUCCCCUGGAAGAUCAACAGCAUCCUAUAAUUCAGUAUGAACUGGGACCUCAACCACCUCGUGAACUUGAGUGUUCACCAGAACCACAAACAUUUUUAUCUGAGAAUUCUCCAGGACCUCAGACACUACUGAUACUUGAGUGUCCUCUGGAAGCUGAAGCACCUUGUCCAACUGAAGCAUUGCUGCCACCCCUGGUACCUUGUCUAAUAGAGUGCUUUCUGGGACCGGAACGACCAACUCCAGCUGAUUGUUUGGUAGGAAUUCUAACAUAUCUACUGACCUGUCCUCCAGAACCUCUACCACCUCCUGAAGGUGACGAUUUUCUGGAACGUGAGUCACAGCCUCCACUCAGGUUUCCACAGGGACCUCAAGCACCUCCAGAAGAAGGUUAUGUGGAACUUCCAUCACCUCGUGUACUCGAGUGUUUCCUGGGCUCUCAAACAGGUCCUGUAGUGGAGUGCCCACUGGAAUAUCAACCACCUCCAGAACAUGAGUGUCCCCUGGAAGAUCGACAACAUCCUAUAAUUCAGUGUGAACUGGGACCUCAAACACCUCUAGAACGUGAGUGUCCCCUGGAAAAUCAACAAUCACCUAUACUACAAUGUCAACCGGGACCUCAGCCACCUCUUGAACGUGAGUGUCCCCAGGAAGUCCAACAUCCUCCAAUAUUACAGUGCCCCCUGGGACAUCAACCAUCACCACAACGUGAGUGUCCUUUGGAAGUUCAACAACCUCCUAUAAUACAGUAUCCACAGGGACCUCAAACACCUCUUGAACGUGAGUGUCUCCUGGAAGAUCAACAACCACCUAUACUACAAUGUCAAUUGGGACCUCAACCACCUCUAGAACAUGAGUGUCCCCAGGAAGUCCAACAACUUCCAAUACUACAAUGCCCACUCGGACAUCAACCAACUACAGAUUGUGAGUGUCCCCUGGAAGAUCGACAACAUCCUAUAAUUCAGUGUGAACUGGGACCUCAACCAACUCUAGAACAUGAGUGUCCCCAGGAAGUCCAACAACCUCCAAUACUACAGAACCCACUGGGACAUCAACCAUCUCCGGAACGUAAGUGUCCCCUGGAAGAUCGACAACCACCUAUAAUACAAUGUCAACCGGGACCUCAACCACCUCUAGACCAUGAGUGUCCCCAGGAAGUCCAACAGCCUCCAAUCCUGCAGUGCCCACUGGGACAUCAACAAUUUCCAGAACGUGAGUGUCCCCGGGAAGAUCAACAACAUUGUAUAAUUCAAUGUGAACUGGGACCUCAAGCACCUCUAGAACAUGAGUGUCCCCAGGAAGUUCAACAAUUUCCAAUACCACAGUGCCCACUGGGACAUCAACCGUCUCCAGAAUGUGAGAGUCCCCUGGAAGAUCGACAACAUCCUGUAAUUCAAUGUGAACUAGGACCUCAACCACCUCUAGAACAUGAGUGUCCCCAGGAAGUCCAACAACCUCCAAUAAUGCAGUGCCCACUGGGACAUCAACCAUCUACAGAACGUGAGUGUCCUCUGGAAGAUCGACAACAUCCUAUAAUUCAGUGUGAACUGGGACCUCAACCACCUCGUGAACUUGAGUGUUCACCAGAACCACAAACAUUUUUAUCUGAGAAUUCUCCGGGACCUCAGACACUACCGAUACUUGAGUGUCCUCUGGAAACUGAAGCACCUUGUCCAACUGAAGCAUUGCUGCCACCCCUGGUACCUUGUCUAAUAGAGUGCUUUCUGGGACCGGAACGACCAACUCCAGCUGAUUGUUUGGUAGGAAUUCUAACAUAUCUACUGACCUGUCCUCCAGAACCUCUACCACCUCCUGAAGGUGACAAUUUUCUGGAACGUGAGUCACAGCCUUCACUCGGAUUUCCACUGGGACCUCAAGCACCUCCAGAAGGUUAUGUGGAACCUCCAUCACCUCGUGUACUUGAGUGUUUGCUGGGUCCUCAAACAGGUCCUGUAGUGGAGUGCCCACUGGAAUAUCAACCACCUCCAGAACGUGAGUGUCCCCUGGAAGAUCGACAACAUCCUAUAACUCAGUGUGAACUGAGACCUCAACAACCUCUAGAACGUGAGUGUCCCGAGGAAGUCCAACAAUCUCCAAUAACACAGUGCCCACUGGGACAACAACCAUCUCCAGAACGUGAGUGUCCCAUGAAAGUUGAACAACCUCCUAUACUGCAGUAUCCACAGGGACCUCAACCACCUCUUAAACGUGAGUGUCCCCUGGAAGAUCAACAAUCACCUAUAAUACAAUAUCAACUUGGACCUCAACCACGUCUUGAAUGUGGGUGUUCCCAGGAAGUUGAACAAACUUCAAUACUACAGUGCCCACUGGGACAUCAACCAUCACCAGAACGUGAGUGUCCUGUGGAAGUUCAACAUCCUCCUAUAAUACAGUAUCCACAGGGACCUCAAACACCUCUUGAACGUGAGUGUCUCCUGGAAGAUCAACAACCACCUAUACUACAAUGUCAACCGGGACCUCAACCACCUCUUGAACAUGAGUGUCCCCAGGAAGUCCAACAACCUCCAAUCAUGCAGUGCCCACUGGGACAUCAACCAUUUCCAGAACGUGAGUGUCCCCGGGAAGAUCGACAACAUCAUAUAAUUCAGUGUGAACUGGGACCUCAACCACGUCAUGAAGUUGAGUGUUCACCAGAGCCACAACCAUUUUUAUCUGAUAAUUCUCCGGGACCUCAGACACUACCGAUACUUGAGUGUCCUCUGGAAGUUGAAGCACCUUGUCCAACUGAAGCAUUGCUGCCACCCCUGGUACCUUGUCUAAUAGAGUGCUUUCUAGGACCCGAACGACCAACUCCAGCUGAUUGUUUGGUAGGAAUUCUAACAUAUCUACUGACCUGUCCUCCAGAACCUCUACCACCUCCUGAAGGUGACGAUUUUCUGGAACGUGAGUCACAGCCUCCUCUCGGGUUUCCACUGGGACCUCAAGCACCUCCAGAAGAAGGUUAUGUGGAACCUCAAUCACCUCGUGUACUCGAGUGUUUGCUGGGUCCUGAAACAGGUCCUGUAGUACAGGGCCCACUGGAUUAUCAACCACCUCCAGAACGUGAGUGUCCCCUGGAAGAUCGACAACAUCCUAUAAUUCAGUGUGAACUGGGACCUCAAACACCUCUAGAACGUGAGUGUCCCCAGGAAGUCCAACAACCUCCAAUAACACAGUGCCCACUGGGACAACAACCAUCUCCAGAACGUGAGUGUCCCAUGAAAGUUCAACAACCUCCUAUAAUGCAGUAUCCACAGGGACCUCAACCACCUCUGAAACGUGAAUGUCCUCUGAAAGAUCAACAAUCACCUAUACUACAAUGUCAACCGGGACCUCAGCCACCUCUUGAAUGUGAGUGUCCCCAGGAAGUCCAACAACCUCCAAUACUACAGUGCCCACUGGGACAUCAACCAUCAGCAGAAUGUGAGUGUCCUGUGGAAGUUCAACAACCUCCUAUAAUACAGUAUCCACAGGGACCUCAACCACCUCUUGAAUGUGAGUGUCUCCUGGAAGAUCAACAACCACCUAUACUACAAUGUCAACUGGGACCACAACCACCUUUUGAACACGAGUUUCGCCAGGAAGUCCAACAGCCUCCAAUCCUGCAGUGCCCACUGGGACAUCAACCAUUUCCAGAACGUGAGUGUCCCCGGGAAGAUCAACAACAUUGUAUAAUUCAAUGUGAACUGGGACCUCAACCACCUCUAGAACAUGAGUGUCCCCAAGAAGUCCAAAAACCUCCAAUACUGCAGUGCCCACUGGAACAUCAGCCAUCUCCAGAACGUGAGUGUCCCCUGAAAGAUCGACAACAUCCUAUAAUUCAGUGUGAACUGGGACCUCAACCACCUCGUGAACUUGAGUGUUCACCAGAACCACAAAUAUUUUUAUCUGAGAAUUCUCCAGGACCUCAGACACUACCGAUACUUGAGUGUCCUCUGGAAACUGAAGCACCUUGUCCAACUGAAGCAUUGCUGCCACCCCUGGUACCUUGUCUAAUAGAGUGCUUUCUGGGACUCGAACGACCAACUCCAGCUGAUUGUUUUGUAGGAAUCCUAACAUAUCUACUGACCUGUCCUCCAGAACCUCUACCACCUCCUGAAGGUGACGAUUUUCUGGAACGUGAGUCACAGCCUCCACUCGGGCUUCCACUGGGACCUCAAGCACCUCCAGAAGAAGGUUAUGUGGAACCUCCAUCACUUCGUGUACUCGAGUGUUUGCAGGGCCCUCAAACAUGUCCUGUAGUGCAGGGCCCACUGGAAUAUCAACCACCUCCAGAGUGUCCCCUGGAAGAUCGACAGCCUCCUAUAAUUCAGUGUGAACUGGGACCUCAAACACCUCUUGAACGUGAGUGUCUCCUGGAAGAUCAACAACCACCUAUACUACAAUGUCAACCUGGACCUCAACCACCUUUGGAACAUGAGUUUCCCCAGGAAGUCCAACAACCUACAAUACUACAGUGCCCACUGAGACAUCAACCAUCUCCAGAACUUAAGUGUCCCCUGGAAGAUCGACAACCACCUAUAAUACAAUGUCAACCGGGACCUCAACCACCUCUAGAACAUGAGUGUCCCCAGGAAGUCCAACAACCUCCAAUCCUGCAGUGCCCACUGGGACACCAACCAUUUCCAGAAUGUGAGUGUCCCCGGGAAGAACAACAACAUCGUAUAAUUCAAUGUGAACUGGGACCUCCACCACCUCUAGAACAUGAGUGUCCCCAGGAAGUUCAACAAUUUCCAAUACUACAGUGCCCACUGGGACAUCAACCAUCUCCAGAAUGUGAGAGUCCCCUGGAAGAUCGACAACAUCCUGUAAUUCAAUGUGAACUGGGACCUCAACCACCUCUAGAACAUGAGUGUCCCCAGGAAGUCCAACAACCUCUAAUACUGCAGUGCCCACUGGAACAUCAACCAUCUCCAGAAAAUGAGUGUCCCCUGGAAGAUCGACAACAUCCUAUAAUUCAGUGUGAACUGGGACCUCAACCACCUCGUGAACUUGAGUGUUCACCAGAACCACAAAUAUUUUUAUCAGAGAAUUCUCCAGGACCUCAGACACUACCGAUACUUGAGUGUCCUCUGGAAACUGAAGCACCUUGUCCAACUGAAGCAUUGCUGCCACCCCUGGUACCUUGUCUAAUAGAGUGCUUUCUAGGACCCGAACGACCAACUCCAGCUGAUUGUUUGGUAGGAAUUCUAACAUAUCUACUGACCUGUCCUCCAGAACCUCUACCACCUCCUGAAGGUGACGAUUUUCUGGAACGUGAGUCACAGCCUCCUCUCAGGUUUCCACUGGGACCUCAAGCACCUCCAGAAGAAGGUUAUAUGGAACCUCCAUCACCUCGUGUACUCGAGUGUUUGCUGGGCCCUCAAACAGGUCCUGUAGUGCAGGGCCCACUGGAAUAUCAACCACCUCCAGAAUGUGAGUGUCCCCUGGAAGAUCGACAACCUCCUAUAAUUCAGUGUGAACUGGGACCUCAAACACCUCUUGAACGUGAGUGUCUCCUGGAAGAUCAACAACCACCUAUACUACAGUGUCAACCGGGACCUCAACCACCUUUUGAACAUGAGUUUCCCCAGGAAGUCCAACAACCUCCAAUAACACAGUGCCCACUGGGACAACAACCAUCUCCAGAACGUGAGUGUCCCAUGAAAGUUCAACAACCUCCUAUAAUGCAGUAUCCACAGGGACCUCAACCACCUCUUAAACGUGAGUGUCCCUUGAAAGAUCAACAAUCAGCUAUACUACACUGUCAACCGAAACCUCAGCCACCUCUUGAAUGUGAGUGUCUCCUGGAAGAUCAACAACCACCUAUACUACAAUGUCAACCGGGACCCCAACCACCUUUUAAACAUGAGUUUCCCCAGGAAGUCCAACAACCUUCAAUACUACAGUGCCCACUGAGACAUCAACCAUCUCCAGAACUUAAGUGUCCCCUGGAAGAUCGACAACCACCUAUACUACAAUGUCAACCGGGACCUCAACCACCUCUAGAACAUGAGUGUCCCCAGGAAGUCCAACAACCUCUAAUCCUGCAGUGCCCACUGGGACAUCAACCAUUUACAGAAUGUGAGUGUCCCCAGGAAGAUCAACAACAUUGUAUAAUUCAAUGUGAACUGGGACCUCAACCACCUCUAGAACAUGAGUGUCCCCAGGAAGUUCAACAAUUUCCAAUGCUACAGUGCCCACUGGGACAUCAACCAUCUCCAGAAUGUGAGAGUCCCCUGGAAGAUCGACAACAUCCUAUAAUUCAGUGUGAACUGGGACCUCAACCACCUCGUGAACUUGAGUGUUCACCAGAACCACAACCAUUUUUAUCUGAGAAUUCUCCGGGACCUCAGACACUACCGAUACUUGAGUGCCCUCUGGAUGCUGAAGCACCUUGUCCAACUGAAGCAUUGCUGCCACCCCUGGUACCUUGUCUAAUAGAGUGCUUUCUGGGACCCGAACGACCAACUCCAGCUGAUUGUUUGGUAGGAAUCCUAACAUAUCUACUGACCUGUCCUCCAGAACCUCUACCACCUCCUGAAGGUGAGGAUUUCCUGGAACGUGAGUCACAGCCUCCACUCGGGUUUCCACUGGGACCUCAAGCACCUCCAGAAGAAGGUUAUGUGGAACCUCCAUCACCUCGUGUACUUGAGUGUUUGCUGGGCCCUCAAACAGGUCCUGCAGUGGAGUGCCCACUGGAAUAUCAACCACCUCCAGAACGUGAGUGUCCCCUGGAAGAUCGACAACCUCCUAUAAUUCAGUGUGAACUGGGACCUCAACCACCUCUAGAACGUGAGUGUCCCCAGGAAGUCCAACAACCUCCAAUACUACAGUGCCCACUGGGACAUCAACCAUCUCCAGAACGUGAGUGUCCCCUGGAAGAUCGACAACCUCCUAUAAUUCAGUGUGAACUGGGACCUCAAACACCUCUUGAACAUGAGUGUCUCCUGGCAGAUCAACAACCACCUAUACUACAAUGUCAACCGGGACCUCAACCACCUUUUGAACAUGAGUUUCCCCAGGAAGUCCAACAACCUACAAUACUACAGUGCCCACUGAGACAUCAACCAUCUCCAGAACUUAAGUGUCCCCUGGAAGAUCGACAACCACCUAUAAUACAAUGUCAAGCGGGACCUCAACCACCUCUAGAACAUGAGUGUCCCCAGGAAGUCCAACAACCUCCAAUCCUGCAGUGCCCACUGGGACAUCAACCAUUUCUAGAACAUGAGUGUCCCCGGGAAGAUCAACAACAUCGUAAAAUUCAAUGUGAACUGGGACCUCGACCACCUCUAGAACAUGAGUGUCCCCAGGAAAUCCAAGAACCUCCAAUACUGCAGUGCCCACUGGAACAUCAGCCAUCUCCAGAACGUGAGUGUCCCCUGGAAGAUCGACAACAUCCUAUAAUUCAGUGUGAACUGGGACCUCAACCACCUCGUGAACUUGAGUGCUCACCAGAACCACAACCAUUUUUAUCUGGUAAUUCUCCGGGACCUCAGACACUACCAAUACUUGAGUGUCCUCUGGAAGCUGAAGCAUCUUGUCCAACUGAAGCAUUGCUGCCACCCCUGGUACCUUGUCUAAUAGAGUGCUUUCUGGGACCGGAACGACCAACUCCAGCUGAUUGUUUGGUAGGAAUUCUAACAUAUCUACUGACCUGUCCUCCAGAACCUCUACCACCUCCUGAAGGUGAUGAUUUUCUGGAACGUGAGUCACAGCCUCCACUCGAGUUUCCAUUGGGACCUCAAGCACCUCCAGAAGAAGGUUAUGUGGAACCUCCAUCACCUCGUGUACUCGAGUGUUUGCUGGGCCCUGAAACUGGUCCUGUAGUGGAGUGCCCACUGGAAUAUCAACCACCUCCAGAAUGUGAGUGUCCCCUGGAAGAUCGACAACCACCUAUACUACAAUGUCAAUUGGGACCUCAACCACCUCUAGAACGUGAGUGUCCCCAGGAAGUCCAACAACCUCCAAUACUACAGUGCCCACUCGGACAUCAACCAACUCCAGAUUGUGAGUGUCCCCUGGAAGAUCGACAACAUCUUAUAAUUCAGUGUGAACUGGGACCUCAAACACCUCUAGAACGUGAGUGUCCCCGGGAAGUCCAACAACCUCCAAUACUACAGGACCCACUGGGACAUCAACCAUCUCCGGAACGUAAGUGUCCCGUGGAAGAUCGACAACCACCUAUAAUACAAUGUCAACCGGGACCUCCACCACCUCUUGAACGUAAGUGUCUCCUGGAAGAUCAACAACCACCUAUACUACAAUGUGAACCGGGACCUCAACCACCUCUUGAACAUGAGUGUCCCCAGGAAGUCCAACAACCUCCAAUCCUGCAGUGCCCACUGGGACAUCAACCAUUUCCAGAACGUGAGUGUCCCCGGGAAGAUCGACAACAUCGUAUAAUUCAAUGUGAACUGGGACCUCAACCACCUCUAGAACAUGAGUGUCCCCAGGAAGUUCAACAACUUCCACUACUACAGUGCCCACGUGGACAUCAACCAUCUCCAGAAUGUGAGUGUCCCCUGGAAGAUAGACAACAUCCUGUGAUUCAAUGUGAACUAGGACCUCAACCACCUAUAGAACAUGAGUGUCCCCAGGAAGUCCAAGAACCUCCAAUACUGCAGUGCCCACUGGGACGUCAACCAUCUCCAGAAUGUGAGUGUCCCCUGGAAGAUCGACAACAUCCUGUAAUUCAAUGUGAACUAGGACCUCAACCACCUCUAGAACAUGAGUGUCCCCAGGAAGUCCAACAACCUCCAAUACUGCAGUGCCCACUGGGACAUCAACCAUCUCCAGAACCUGAGAGUCCCCUGGAAGAACGACAACAUCGUAUAAUUCAGUAUGAACUGGGACCUCAGCCACCUCUAGAACAUGAGUGUCCCCAGGAAGUACAACCACCUCCAAUACUACAGUGCCCACUGGGACAUCAACCAUCUUCAGAACGUGAGUGUCCCCUGGAAGAUCAACAGCAUCCUAUAAUUCAGUGUGAACUGGGACCUCAACCACCUCGUGAACUUGAGUGUUCACCAGAACCACAACCAUUUUUAUCUGAGAACUCUCUGGGACCUCAGACACUACCGAUACUUGAGUGUCCUCUGGAAGCUGAAGCACCUUGUCCAACUGAAGCAUUGCUGCCACCCCUAGUACCUUGUCUAAUAGAGUGCUUUCUAGGAUCCGAACGACCAACUCCAGCUGAUUGUUUAACAUAUCUACUGACCUGUCCUCCAGAACCUCUACCACCUCCUGAAGGUGACGAUUUUCUGGAACGUGAGUCACCGCCUCCACUCGGAUUUCCACUGGGACCUCAAGCACCUCCAGAAGAAGGUUAUGUGGAACCUCCAUCACCUCAUUUACUCGAGUGUUUGCUGGGCCCUCAAACAGGUCCUGUAGUGCAGGGCCCACUGGAAUAUCAAUCACCUCCAGAACGUGAGUGUCCCCUGGAACAUCAACAACAUCCUAUAAUUCAGUGUAAACUGGGACCUCAACCACCUCUAGAACGUGAGUGUCCCCAGGAAGUCCAACAACCUACAAUACUACAGGGCCCACGGGGACAUCAACCAUUUCCAGAACAUGAGUGUCCCAUGGAAGUUCAACAACCUUCUAUAAUACAGUAUUUACAGGGACAUCAACCACCUCUUAAACAUGAGUGUCCCCUGGAAGAUCAACAAUCACCUAUACUACAAUGUCAACCGGGACCUCAACCACCUCUUGAAUGUGAGUGUCCCCAGGAAGUCCAACAACCUCCAAUACUACAGUGCCCACUGGGACAUCAACCAUCUCCAGAAGUUAAGUGUCCCCUGGAAGAUCGACAACCACCUAUAAUACAAUGUCAACCGGGACCUCAACCACCUCUAGAACAUAAGUGUCCCCAGGAAGUCCAACAGCCUCCAAUCCUGCAGUGCCCACUGGCACAUCAACCAUUUCCAGAACAUGAGUGUCCCCGGGAAGAUCAACAUCAUCGUAUAAUUCAAUGUGAACUGGGACCUCGACCACCUCUAGAACAUGAGUGUCCCCAGGAAAUCCAAGAACCUCCAACACUGCAGUGCCCACUGGAACAUCAGCCAUCUCCAGAACGUGAGUGUCCCCUGGAAGAUCGACAACAUCCUAUAAUUCAGUGUGAACUGGGACCUCAACCACCUCGUGAACUUGAGUGUUCACCAGAACCACAAACAUUUUUAUCUGAGAAUUCUCCGGGACCUCAGACACUACUGAUACUUGAGUGUCCUCUGGAAGCUGAAGCACCUUGUCCAACUGAAGCAUUGCUGCCACCCCUGGUACCUUGUCUAAUAGAGUGCUUUCUGGGACCCGAACGACCAACUCCAGCUGAUUGUUUGGUAGGAAUUCUAACAUAUCUACUGACCUGUCCUCCAGAACCUCUACCACCUCCUGAAGGUGACGAUUUUCUGGAAUGUGAGUCACAGCCUCCUCUCGGGUUUCCAUUGGGACCUCAAGCACCUCCAGAAGAAGGUUAUGUGGAACCUCCGUCACCUCGUGUACUCGAGUGUUUGCUGGGUCCUCAAACAGGUCCUUUAGUGGAGUGCCCACUGGAAUAUCAACCACCUCCAGAACGUGAGUGUCCCCUGGAAGAUAGACAACAUCUUAUAACUCAGUGUGAACUGAGACCUCAACCACCUCCAGAACGUGAGUGUCCCCUGGAAGAUCAACAAUCACCUAUACUACAAUGUCAACCGGGACCUCAGCCACCUCUUGAACGUGAGUGUCCCCAGGAAGUCCAACAUCCUUUAAUAUUACAGUGCCCCCUGGGACAUCAACCAUCACCACAACGUGAGUGUCCUUUGGAAGUUCAACAACCUCCUAUAAUACAGUAUCCACAGGGACCUCAAACACCUCUUGAAUGUGAGUGUCUCCUGGAAGAUCAACAACCACCUAUACUACAAUGUCAAUUGGGACCUCAACCACCUCUAGAACGUGAGUGUCCCCAGGAAGUCCAACAACCUCCAAUACCACAGUGCCCACGCGGACAUCAACCAACUCCAGAUUGUGAGUGUCCCCUGGAAGAUCGACAACAUCUUAUAAUUCAGUGUGAACUGGGACCUCAAACACCUCUAGAACGUGAGUGUCCCCGGGAAGUCCAACAACCUCCACUACUACAGGACCCACUGGGACAUCAACCAUCUCCGGAACGUAAGUGUCCCCUGGAAGAUCGACAACCACCUAUAAUACAAUGUCAACCGGGACCUCAACCACCUCGUGAACGUAAGUGUCUCCUGGAAGACCAACAACCACCUAUACUACAAUGUGAACCGGGACCUCAACCACCUCUUGAACAUGAGUGUCCCCAGGAAGUCCAACAACCUCCAAUCCUGCAGUGCCCACUGGGACAUCAACCAUUUCCAGAACGUGAGUGUCCCCGGGAAGAUCGACAACAUCGUAUAAUUCAAUGUGAACUGGGACCCCAACCACCUCUAGAACAUGAGUGUCCCCAGGAAGUUCAACAACUUCCACUACUACAGUGCCCACUGGGACAUCAACCAUCUCCAGAAUGUGAGUGUCCCCUGGAUGAUCGACAACAUCCUGUAAUUCAAUGUGAACUAGGACCUCAACCACCUCUAGAACAUGAGUGUCCCCAGGAAGUCCAACAACCUCCAAUACUGCAGUGCCCACUGGGACAUCAACCAUCUCCAGAACCUGAGAGUCCCCUGGAAGAACGACAACAUCGUAUAAUUCAGUAUGAACUGGGACCUCAGCCACCUCUAGAACAUGAGUGUCCCCAGGAAGUACAACCACCUCCAAUACUACAGUGCCCACUGGGACAUCAACCAUCUUCAGAACGUGAGUGUCCCCUGGAAGAUCAACAGCAUCCUAUAAUUCAGUGUGAACUGGGACCUCAACCACCUCGUGAACUUGAGUGUUCACCAGAACCACAACCAUUUUUAUCUGAGAACUCUCUGGGACCUCAGACACUACCGAUACUUGAGUGUCCUCUGGAAGCUGAAGCACCUUGUCCAACUGAAGCAUUGCUGCCACCCCUGGUACCUUGUCUAAUAGAGUGCUUUCUGGGACCGGAACGACCAACUCCAGCUGAUUGUUUGGUAGGAAUCCUAACAUAUCUACUGACCUGUCCUCCAGAACCUCUACCACCUCCUGAAGGUGACGAUUUUCUGGAACGUGAGUCACCGCCUCCACUCGGAUUUCCACUGGGACCUCAAGCACCUCCAGAAGAAGGUUAUGUGGAACCUCCAUCACCUCAUGUACUCGAGUGUUUGCUGGGCCCUCAAACAGGUCCUGUAGUGGAGUGCCCACUGGAAUAUCAACCACCUCCAGAACAUGAGUGUCCCCAGGAAUUCCAACAACCUCCAAUACUACAGUGCCCACUCGGACAUCAACCAACUCCAGAUUGUGAGUGUCCCCUGGAAGAUCGACAACAUCCUAUAAUUCAGUGUAAACUGGGACCUCAACCACCUCUAGAACGUGAGUGUCCCCUGGAAGAUCAACAAUCACCUAUACUACAGUGUCAACCGGGACCUCAGCCACCUCUUGAACAUGAGUGUCCCCAGGAAGUCCAACAUCCUUUAAUAUUACAGUGCCCCCUGGGACAUCAACCAUCACCACAACGUGAGUGUCCUUUGGAAGUUCAACAACCUCCUAUAAUACAGUAUCCACAGGGACCUCAAACACCUCUUGAACCUGAGUGUCUCCUGGAAGAUCAACAACCACCUAUACUACAAUGUCAAUUGGGACUUCAACCACCUCUAGAACGUGAGUGUCUUCAGGAAGUCCAACAACCUCCAAUACUACAGUGCCCACUCGGACAUCAACCAACUCCAGAUUGCGAGUGUCCCCUGGAAGAUCGACAACAUCCUAUAAUUCAGUGUGAACUGGGACCUCAACCACCUCUAGAACGUGAGUGUCCCCAGGAAGUCCAACAACCUCUUAUACGACAGUGUCCAGUGGGACCUCAAGCACCUCCUGAAGGUGAGUGUGCCCUGGAAGUUCAACAACAUGUUAUACUACAGUGCCCACUGGGACCUCAAUCAUCACCUGAAUGAUAAUUUCAAAAUUAGAAGACUCUCCUGAGCCGUGAUAUCUUUGCAAAGUUUCCAACAUGUUUUACGCUCCAUGCUGGUGCUGUCUCCUCCCCCUGUCAUUUCCAUAAUGUCUCCCUUAAUAAACAUUUGCAGUCCUAUCUGUCUGGGCAUCUGC